AUGGAAGAGCUCGACGAGUUCGAGGUGCUCUGGCCGGAGUACUACGUGGGCCACGCUCACGCCGACGAUGACCAGUACAAGACGCCGGCGCCGGCGUCGGCGAGCGUGCAGAGCCCGGCCACGUCGUGGCAGCGGCGCGCGGCACGGUCUCGGCCGGUGGACGUUCCUCCCACUCCCAGCAGGGCCGCCGUGCUGUUGCUACGGUGGAAAGACGGCACUGAUCGUCAAGACGACUUGGCGGAGAAGGACGGCGGCGGCAAGAUCGUCGUGCCGCCGCACCUGCUGGUCUCCGGCAGGCGGCUCUCCGACGGGGAGGCCGCCGCGGCGUACACGCUGCUGCGGUCGGGGGCGGCAAGGCACGGCAAGCGGGCGCGCGACCUGCGCCACCUGCGCAACUCCGUGCUGCGGAUGACCGGCUUUAUCGAAGGAUGA